AAAUCAUUAAUAUGAUUAAUAUUCUCAAGUCAGCCGCGUUUAUUUGUCAUCUUGUCAGUUUUUCAAUAAAAAUUUCAAACGCUUCCGAUUUAAUUAUCCCUCUAAAAAUUUCCGUAUGAAAAUUCCUGAGUAAACUGAGUGAAUAUAAAUUACCACAAAUUAAUUUACAAUUAUUCUGAUUACAAAUUAUUAGUAAAAACACCCAACGCGUGUUUAAAUUAAUAAACAUUCAAAAUUAUCACAAAAAUUUCAUUCAAAUCCCAAGUUUAACCUCACAUUCCAUAAGUAAUACCAUCACAUACUUUCUUGAGUGUUUUUCCAAUCAGUUUUCAAAGAAAAAUGUUAAUCUUCGCCAAAAUAAGCAAUAAAUUAUCAUCACACACAGGUCAGAUCCGAAGAGUGCAUCAAAGUCUAGGCCAGAUUAACACAAAUGAAGGCCAACAACGCAAUUUUGGACAACCUACACCACUUACACAUCCUCAUUUAGUGAGUAAAGGACAUGUCCUGCCGAAUAUCAGCGCUGAUGAGUUGGCAAACCGACGAGAAAAGCUAUCACAACUUGUUAUUGAUGCGAUGAAGAAGAAACAUUCAGAUAUCAAGUCACACAUGAUUGUUAUACCCUCUGCUAGUAAAUCCUACAUGUCCGAGAAGAUUCCUUACAUCUUCAGACAAAACACAGACUUUCUCUACUUAAGUGGCUGCCAGGAACCUGAUACCUGCCUUGUAAUCAAUGUAAACCCUGAGAAAAGCCGCCAUCAUUCAACGUUAUUCAUGCGUGAACGUGACCAACACUCUGAGGUGUGGGAUGGUCCCAGAACAGACCCAUCUGAAGCUGUGCAUGUUUUCGGCGUGGAUGAAGCACGCCCAGUCUGGGAUUUCUCGAAUUAUUUACAAAAACAAGCAAAAGAAAGACCCACAUCUCUCUGGUAUGACUUAACCCUCACACCUAAUGAAACUGUGAGUAGUGCGAUAAGAGAUUACACGAAAAACACCAAAGGAAAAGUCUGGGAUUCUCCCAAGAGUCUAAUUCAUAAGAUACGCUUGAUAAAAUCCAAAGCAGAGAUUGAUUUAAUGCAAACAUCGUGUGAUAUUGCCUCAGCCGCCAUUACGAAAUGCAUGAAUAGUUCACAACCAGGUAUCAAUGAGCACCAUCUGUUGGCCACUGUGGAUUAUGAGAGUAGGAUACGUGGCGCUGAGUUUCUAGCCUAUCCGCCUGUGAUUGCCGGUGGGAAUCGUGCCACAAUCAUUCAUUAUGUCAAUAAUAAUCAACUAAUCAAAGAUGGCGAGUUGGUUCUUAUGGAUGCAGGUUGUGAAUAUCAUGGUUAUAGUUCAGAUAUUACCCGCACAUGGCCUGUCAACGGAAAGUUCUCGAAGGAACAACGCGCGUUGUAUGAGGUUGUGCUGAGUGUGCAGGUCGCCAUCAUUAAAAUGUUGGCCAAUCGCGUGAGUUUAGACAAAAUGUUCGAGGAGAUGUGUUUGUUGUUAGGGAAAGGCCUGCAGGAGAUUGGUCUCACACCUAGAACUACUAGUCUACAAAAUACUAUAAAGGAUGCGUAUGAGUUCUGCCCACAUCACGUGUCACAUUACCUUGGGAUGGAUGUGCAUGACACUGCAUUGGUCAAUAGGAACAUUGGAGUGCAACCAGGGAUGAUUAUUACUGUAGAACCAGGUAUUUACGUAAACCAUCUGAUGAAAGUCCCUAAAGAGUACCAAGGAAUAGGAAUACGGAUAGAAGACGAUGUGCUAAUCACAGAUGGCGAACCAAUCGUCCUCAGCUCAAAAUGUCCGAAAUCAAUCGCCGAAAUCGAAGCAAUCGUAACAAACGCACGCAAAUAAACCACAAAACUGCCAACUCUUACUAGCCGCUUGUACUGUACAUAAUUAUAAUCGUUACUAUUUAAUAAUAAACAACAUCUUUCGAAACAAGAA